AUGCAGGGGUCCGACAAAUUCCAGUCUUUCCAGGACGGGAGGACCCGUGGCAAGCCGCAGAUCUCCCUGUCAUGGGUGGCCUCGGCCAUCACGCAGCUUGGGGACAGGAAUGGAUCCAGUAUCACAGACAUCCGCAAUGCGAUCGAGUCGCAGACGGGCGUGCAACCCACCUUCCGGCAGCUCAAGACCAUCGUCCGCAGAGGCAUCCGAGAAGGCGCGCUGGACAAGAGUACCCAGAGCAGGUUCAUGCUGGACAGAGGCACUGUCCGCGAAACCGCUCGCAAGCGCUGCAGACGACGCAGCCUUUCGACGGAUUCGAGUCGGGGAUAUCGCCGCGGUAGAAGGCGUAGACGCCGACGAUCUCGCCGUCGCCGACGAAGGCGCCGAAGAAGACGCCGAAGAGGACGACGACGAAGACGUCGAAGGCGCCGACGACGAAGGCGAUAG